AUGGCUGUCGCAGGUGUUCCACCAGACAUUGCUCAACUGACUGGGCCUGUUGUUAUCGGUUUUGCAGCCCAGUGGGGUCUGUUUGGAUGUAGCUCAGUCCAGCUUUAUUUAUAUUAUUUGAAUUUCCCCAAGGAUACUGUGAAACUCAAGACUCUUGUUUAUGGCCUCUACAUCUUGGAUUUUGCGCAAACACUCCUAGUUACUGCCUUUGUCUUCCACAUGCUGGGCAGUGGCUGGGGUAAUGUCAAUAUCCUAGAAUCCGUAGGCUUGUCCUGGCUCGCGCUCCCGUUCUUCAAUGCCAUCAGUGGAACUAUAGUACAGUGCUUUUAUGCAUGGCGUAUCUAUACAUUGAGCAAGUCGAUCCCUUUGGCGGUGGUAAUAGUCCUCCUUGCACUAUGCGAGGGAACUUCUGGCCUGGCAUUCUCAAUCAUUCUUGAAACAAGGGUUCCCACUUUUGCUGACUUACAAAGCCAAACCUUUGUUGUUACCACCGUGUGUCUCAUGUCCAGUGCCUGCUGCGACAUUCUUAUAUCUCUAUCCAUGGUCUACUUGCUUAAUCGUGCCCGGAGAGAAUCAGCGUUUGGAAAAACGGAACAGCUUGUUACACGUCUGAUUCGCUUAAUCGUUGGUGGGGGUAUCUUGACGGCCAGCUUUGCAAUUCUCGAUGCUGUCUUCCUUCUUGCCUAUCAAAACAACAACUACCAUCUGGCUCCGAACUCAGCUCUUGCCAAACUGUACACCAAUGCGUUGAUGGUCUUACUGAACAGUCGAGCGCAAUUCCGAAGUAACAAUGGAAAUGUGGUCACUUAUACAUUUGAGGGGGAUUCCAGCCAGAAAAUGUCCCGGGCAACUUCAGGUUUGGCCUCGAUGCCAGCAUUGGACAGAGGUAGGAUUGGGAAUGGGCAAGGCAUCGCAGUGGAUGUCACUGUUGACAGUACAACCACUUACCCGGAUUCCUAUCCAAUGGGAAGAUUUGAUAAACGGAAUACGGACGAAGAAUUUGGGCCUGUAAAACGAGGAGAUGAAUUUUAA